AUGAGAGACCCUGGAGCACAAGCCGCAUUGACGACGACACUCCUGCUUGCGCCGCCCGCCGUCUCCAGAGUUCCUGAGCGAGCGGCAGGCCACCCUCCCCGUCCCAUGAACUGUUUCAUGCUCUUCAGAGACUACAAGUAUAAGCAGCUGAAAGCAGAUAAUCCUGACCUCACCGUCCAGAGGAUCUCCACCAUUACUUCUGAGUGUUGGAAGAACCUUCCUGCGACAGAGAAAGACUACUGGAAGGAGCAAGCCAAGAUGGCGAAGGAGCUGCACCUGCGCAUGUACCCUCAAUACAAGUACAAUCCUCGGAAGCCAGGUCAGAAAAAGAAACGACAGUCUCGAAAGGCAAUAGAAGCCGCUGUGAACUUCAAUUCCUUUCCAGAUACUACGAUGUCGGCAUUUGACGUCUCCCAAGCUGCCAAAAAUGAUAUCACUGCCCACAUCAGCGACACGCUUCCGAGCGAUGCUGUUGAGCUUGCUGAGUCCAUGGCAUCCCAAUCCCCGUCUUCAAACAUGUUCCACGAUGCAGAGUUGCUUCGCCAGGGACGUCUUGAAGAAGAGUUCAAUGUCUUCUUUGACUUCGCUGGCUAUGGAGAGGUCUGA